CUUGACAAGAGGGAACCUCCAUUUGCUCUAAAUAGAACAGCAAAGUUUUUCUUUCAUUGCAUCCUGCACAGAACAACUUUUUGGAUUUUCCAUAUCAUCAGAGUAAAAGUGUCUCCUAAUUUCUACAAGAGGACCCAUGUGGGUGGUGGAGAAGAUCCGUGUGUCCGUGGAGAGAUCUAACCUGCCCAUCCCAUCUGCAGAGCUCAGUUUCAAAAUCAGCGACAUCAUGUUUGGAGAAAAAUCUGACAAAGUCAAAAGGAUUUCCCUCUGUCCUAACGUCAUCACCCCUGACAACAUCCCUGAGUUCUGCAUCCCCCCAACUAUCCCGUCCCUGCAUGACGUGAAGAACACAGAGCCGAGUCGGGCUGCUCGAGCUAUCAAGGUGUCCCCCUCUGAGAGGUCAAGCCCCGAAAUAGAGGUGACGCACCAUGAGGCCAUCAACCCACACAUUAUCCAGGUGGAGAGUGUGGAUGAGAGCCCUUAUGAUGGCUGCAGUGAUGAGGAAACCACCAACGCAGACCCCCAGAGCCAGGCUGCGCUAUCCCUUCCGCACUUAGCCAAAGCUCAGACCUGCUAUGGCUUCUGCACCUUACUGGAGAGCCCACACACACGGAGGAAGGAGUCACUCUUCCACUCUGAUCCUGGCUCCUCUCCCUUGUUGUUACCAAGGAGUCGCUCCAGCAUGUGCACCAAAGUGUCCUCCUCCACUUCGCCCUCCUCCUCUCCUUCCUCAUUCAGCCUUAACAGCCUGACCUCCAGGCUUUCCCCGAGAGGAUACACUCUGAACUGGCAGGCCACUCUGGACAGUGAUACCACUUCCUCUACUGAAUCCUCACCUUUCAGCUCGCCCCUGCUGACCAGGUGCCCUCCCAGGUCUUCCCUUUUCAAAGCACUAAGCCAUGAACUGCUGUUGUCAAGGAACAUAAGGAAGGCAAUGGUGUCCAGGAACAAUUCCCUGUCCACAGAUGAAGGCAGCUCCACAGAUAACAGCCCCAAUGUCAUGAGGAGGGCAUCUGAGGGCUUAGUUGAAGGCCUGCCUAACAGCUACAGUCUAGCGCCGCCCAACAUCUUCCCCAUGGACCUGACUCUGCACAGAGAAAGGGUAAUGAAGGAGAGAAUGGUACCCAUAGGGAAAGAAGGCAGCCUGAGACUCUCCGCAGAAUACUGCCCAGAGAACCAAAGACUCAGGGUUCGACUGAUCAGCGCUGAGGGCCUCUAUCCUCACUCCAUAGACCCCAAGAUCAUCAACUGCAGUGUUAGCCUCUCUCUGGUUCCGGGAAAAAUCCAGAAGCAACGCAGCACAGUUAUCAGAAAGAGCCGCAACCCCAUCUUCAAUGAAGACUUCUUCUUUGACGCAAUCUCAGAGGAAGACCUCAGCCAGCGCUCCCUCCGCUUUAAAGUGGUGAACAAAAUGUCCACCCUGAAGAGAGACUAUCUCCUUGGUGACUGUGAUUUGCCUCUUUCUAGCAUCAUCACAUUAUAA